AUGAUUUUAUUUCUCUUGAUUAUUGUAUUUAGUAGUGCAACAGAGAUUAAUACACUUUUAAAGAGUGAAACAGAAACACAAAUAGGGAAAGAAUUACAUUCUCAACCAGUAGUACCAACAGUACAACACGAAGAGCAAGGAGCAUCGGGACCAGCAGGUUCUAAACAAGAACAACCACAAUCAAUUGCUGCAUCAAAUGAAUCACACAAUGAUGUAUCUCCGAAAUCAGUUUCAGGACAGAAGGUACCUGGAAGUACCAUUUCACCACCUUCAGGUGAACCAGCAAAAACAGUAUCAUCAUCCACAGAUUCACCACAAUCUCAAGCUGGUUCAUUACCCCCAAAUAACUUGUCGCAUGAAGGAGAAGAAUCACCAGCACAAGUAUUACCACAGUCUGGUGUACCAACAGGGACAGAACAUUCAGAACAGACACAGGCAGGAGCAUCUCCAGCAGCACCACAGGAAAAGUCAAAAGAAACAGCACAAGGAGUUGCAUCUUCAGGAACAACUAAAGAAGGAACAGAAACAGUACCAGCAACACCUAAAGGAAUAGACACACAAACAGCUGGUACUUCAAGUACAGAAACACAUCCAGGAACAACAGGAACAGGUGUUGCACCACCUGCACCAACAAAAGAAUCACCAACAACAAAACCACCUACAAGCACAGAACCUCAACAACCACCUUCAAAAGACACAGUAUCAGGACAAUCUUCAACCACGACAUCUGGAGCAGAACAAAAACCAUCAGCUGGUUCACAAACACCAUCCUCUUCAAACCAAGAUAAGUCUCAAGACUCAUUACCAUUACCAACACCUCAAGACACACAACCAUCAGGUACAAAUCCAAGUACAACCCCUGGACAAACAAUACCAUCUGAUAAACCACCAUCAACAGGACAAACACCAGCACAAACAGAUGGUCAACAAGGUAAACCAACACCAUCAGAAACAACUAAUCCAACACCAAAUACACCAGUAAAAUCAGACGACUCACCAGAUUCAAAUCCAGUACAACCAAAUAACCAACAACCUGAAUCACCAUCAAAUAAUCAACAAAACAAACAACAAAAUGAAACAGUAUCACCACAUUUACCAAAUACAAGUGAAACAACAAAUGGAACAGAAAAUAAUAAUGUGAAUAAAACAAAUGAUGAUUUGAAUAAUCAUAAUCUUAAUGGUGUAUCUUGCAUCUCUCUUAUUCUCUAUGUUAUCUUUACAUUUAUUUUCUUCUAA